AUGACAACAAACUCCAGAAUGCUAAGCGAUACCGACAGCCACUUCGCCCCUGUCGUCAUUCUGCAAGCUGUCGAUCAGGAACCUCGUGAUCCCGCAGACGGCGAAUGGACUGCCAUAUUUGGGGGUUUCUUAGUAAACUUAGGUGACGCUCAGAGUGUCAGGGAGCGUGUCUGGCCCCAUCGGAUGAUCCCCAUGCGCAUUUACCUCGCGUUCGAGCAAAGCCAUCACAUGGCCAUCAAUCCUCCUUGGGCCCCCUUUGACGUCGAUCAUGAUGUUGAGGGCAAGCAAUCGAUCAGGUUAGUCAGCGAAACCAAGUUGUCACGAUCACUGCAUAAGGGCAAGAGCGACAACGAAUUCGAAAACGAUCGCACGGCGAAGCAAGAUGUUGCAAUACAUUUGGGCGUUGGUCGAGAACCCGUCUGUGGCUAUGACAUCGAUGGAGAGUACUUAAACAACGACAUUGAUGCGGUCAGUCUUGAACCAAGGUCGCAAUCCGUCCUCCAACAUUGUUCAACAGGUCUAUCAUUCCAUGAGGCAUACACCGAAGCUUUUUCCUUUUGUAAACAAAAAGCUUUUCCAGCCACGAGCGCACUUCAGUUUCGUAUUGACGUUGCUACCAACCAGUGUUGUCCGUUGAUUUGCGAUGGUUCUGAGUCUAGAGCACCACGAAUCCAUGUCCGAAGGUUACAGUAUUGGCCGACGAUUGAUCAGGAUUUCAAAUUUAUGAACUCAGGUACCUUGUUCCCGAAGAAAGGUGAUCGUGGAUAUCACCUCGACAGCAAUCCUUCCCGAUGCCGCGGCGACCUGUGGAAAGGUAACAAGCCUGAAUUAAACUCAUUUGGUAUAUGUUUUAGUUGUACUCUCGGCUCAAUGUGCUCAACGUACAGGCCCCAGCCUCUGUUGCUCGGGAUCAAACUCUUCCUGGUUUAUGAAUACAAGCUCUCUCGCUCCUCUGCUCAAGUUGCGUGCCUCAACAUCUUCUUCAGACAACAAUUCUGCUCUUGGGUGCAGAUGUUGAUGCAUGGCGCUUAUCAUCACGAUGCAACCCCGCACCUCCAUCUUCCCCGGUCCUUCUUCUACGUCCAUCACUCCGAGACGAAUACAAUUCAUGCAAUCCUUGUUUUUCGAUACAAAGUGACACAUUUUGACACUUUCGAAUUCCUCCUGAUAAACCAUCAGGAAACUGGCCUAUCACCCCUGUAA